CUUUCACUUUCCCUUCCCCCUUACUCCUGCCUCGCUGCUCGGUCUGGCCCCUUAGCCCCCCCUGCUAUGGCCACCCUCAGUGUCAAACCCGAAGCCCAAGCCAAGGUGGAUUUGUUCCGAAAGGAGUUAUGCUCUCAGGCGGAGAUCCUGCUCGGAAGCUAUUUCCCCAAGAAGAUUUCAGAGCUGGAUGACUUCUUGAAGGACCCAUCUCUGAAUGAGGCUGAUUUCAGUCUCUUAAAGGCCCCUCUGGAUAUCCCAGUCCCUGACCCAGCUAAAGAAAAAGAGAAGGAAGAACGUCGGAAGGAAGAGGAGAAGGAUAAGGAUGGAAAGAAAAAAGAAGAAGAUGAAGAUAAAGGUCCUCCUUGUGGGCCUGUAAGCUGCAAUGAGAAGAUCGUGGCCCUUCUGGCACGGUUGAAGCCUGAAAUCAAAGACGUCAAGGAACAGCUUAACCUGGUCUCCAUGUGGCUGCAGCUUCAAGUUCCCCGAAUUGAGGAUGGAAACAACUUUGGAGUAGCUGUUCAGGAGAAGGUAUUUGAGCUGAUGACUACACUCCGAACUAAGCUGGAUGGCUUCCACACCCAGAUCUCAAAGUAUUUCUCAGAAAGGGGUGAUGCAGUGGCUAAAGCAGCAAAGCAGCCACAUGUGGGUGACUACCGACAGCUGGUUCAUGAACUGGAUGAAGCACAAUAUGGAGAGACAAGACUGAUGGUCAUGGAGAUCCGAAAUACUUAUGUAAGGAGGCUGUGUUAUAUGACAUCAUCCUGAAGAAUUUUGAGAAGAUCAAGAAGCCCAGGGGAGAUACAAAGGGAAUGAUCUACUGAAAAACAGAGCCUGCCUCCCCUCUCCAUCAAUAUGAAGGACAUAGCAUAAGAUUCCACCCUUUCAUUAGGAUUAUUUGUCUUGCCACAGUCCAGCUUCCAUCUAGAACUUCCCAUCUUAUCCAUGUCUUGCCUUCUAGGCACCAAUAAAUUUUGCCAUACCA